UACAUCGCAUAGCAACCACGCCAUCUUUAGUAAACGACCCAAUCUUACAGUCGUUUCAAAACAAAAAUAAACGAUGGGAGUCGAUUAUUACAAUAUUUUGCAAUUAACAAGGAGUGCAACAGAUGCAGACAUUAAGAAACACUACAGAAAAUUAGCUUUGAAAUUUCAUCCUGACAGAAAUGAUGGUGAUCAAAAUGCUCAAGACAAAUUCAAACAAUGUGCUGAGGCUUAUGACAUUUUAAGUGAUCCAAGAAAGCGGGCAGUGUAUGAUCAGUUUGGAGAAGAAGGCCUAAAGAAUGGUGUUCCUCAUGGUAGUGGGGAGGCAGGUGCUUGGACCCAAGGUUACACAUUCCAUGGAAAUUCAGAAAAGGUUUUCAGAGAAUUCUUUGGUGGUGAUAAUCCAUUCCAAGAAUUUUAUGACAGAGUUGAUGGAGAUUUAAGCAUGGGAUUUGGUGGUUUACAAGGCAGAGGACAUAAGAAACAAGAUUCACCAAUAGAAAGAGAACUUUUCUUGUCAUUGGAAGAAGUAUUUCAUGGUUGCACCAAAAAGAUGAAAAUUUCUAGAAGGGUUAUGAAUGAGGAUGGCCACACCUCCAGUGUUAGAGACAAAAUUUUAACAAUCACAGUUAAAAAGGGAUGGAAACCAGGAACCAGAAUUACAUUUACAGAGGAAGGAGACCAGGGACCAAAUAAUAUACCAGCUGACAUUGUGUUCAUCUUGAAAGACAAACCACAUCCACGAUUCAGAAGAAAUGGUAUCAACCUUGUACACACUGCCAAAGUUCCUCUGGGAAAAGCUCUAACAAACUGCACAGUAGAAAUAGUCACAUUGGAUGACCGAAUAUUAAACAUCCCAAUCAAUGAUAUCAUAAAACCUGGCUACACAAAAAUAGUUCCCGGAGAGGGUAUGCCAAUAUCACAAGACCCAUCAAAGAAAGGAGAUCUUGUCAUAGAAUUUGAAAUUGAAUUUCCAACAUCUCUGUCACCUGAGAGAAAAGACUUGAUCAAAAGAGCAUUAUUACAGUGAUCUUAAAACUCCCAUUGUGCAUUUUUUGUAAAAUUAUAAUUUUGAGCAAAAUCUACUUCUUGUCAACAUUUUAUAAAUUGUUUUAAAUUAUUUAUUGUCUAGUACAAAAGAUUUUGACAGUGCUUACAAUUUUAAAACUAAGAAGAACUUAUUUCUUUUGAUACAGUACCUUUUUUAUCAAGUAAUUUUUGAAAAAAAAACAUUUACAAAACUUAUUUUAUCUUAACAUUGUUAUACAUGUAUACUGUGAUAUUUCAUGUUUGUAUAUAUUGAUUUAAGUAUAUAAAAUGUCAUUUAUAAUUA